AUGCCGGAGCCAGCGAGGACGGAGCGCGAUGCCAUCGAGAAGAAAUUCAAGAAGGACCGCCAGUCCUUCGAGGAUGACUUGGCCGGCUACCUGGGCAUGGUGAACAAGUUCAAGGAGGCCGGGAACCUGAAGCAGAUGGAUGACCACCUCGAGCACAUCCUGGCUCUCAAGGAACACCUGGAGCGUGCACAGUUCGACGCGGAGAAGCUCCGCGAAAAAGAGGUUCUGCUGGGCUGGGAUGCGAGCGAGUUCGAGAAGCUCACUGAGGCAAUCGAGAAGCUCCAUCCCUAUGACGACCUCUGGGAGCUUGUCUACCGCUUCACAAGUGAGGCAGAUAUCAUGUUCCCCAUUCCUACACGUCUGAGCAGUCUAAACACCUUGUUCCCGUAUUGA